GCAUAUUAACUAACUACUCCUCACUACUACUGCGUACUAUCCUGUGUGGUGACAUCUCUGGUUUUUGUAUCGUUGGUAUCAUUAGGAAAGCCAUCUAUGCAUUCCUUUUAAUCAGAUUCUCAUCCCUACGAGGAUUGCAGGGCCUGGCUUGAGAUGGAUAAUAUUCAAGAGCCCCGCGCUUCUCGCCUUUUCGAACGCCUGUCGCAACUCUCCAGUUACACGUGGGAUCGUUCCAUCGAGCCUUACUACUCGACCUACGACCACUGGCAUAUUUUUGGCCAUCGACAUUCCACUGAAUAUGACUCUUCAGCUUCGACGACAACCCCUUCGGGGUCGUCGUUGCUGGCUCGCAGCUCUCCAAGAAUCCGAAUGCGAGCAUCGCCUCCUUCCGCGCAUAGCGAAUCCAAUGCUGGAUGCCAAACCUUGGUUCCAGUUGUAGCUCGUGUGUCAACUCAUGUUCUGAGAUUGGAACGAGAAUUUCGUCUUCUCAAAUCAAUGGCACGAGCUUCCGAUCCGCAAAAUAAUCAUCACACCAUCAUUCCAAUCGAAUUAAUUCGGCUGUCGGAUGAUUCUGAAGACGCCGACCCUCUCAUCGCGUCCAUUUUUGAGUCUCCUGGCCCGAACAUACUGCCCAAAUGUAUACCGCUCAACUCCUCCUUCUUCUCGGCUAUGGGAGAAUGCGGUGAGGGAGCCCAGACUCCCAUUGCAGUAUUUCUCGACUUUGCCAUUAACGCGUGUGAUUGCCUGCAACACCUUCACCACGGACAGAAAAUAAUCCACGGCGAAAUUCGGGGUGAUACGUUCCAUUUUAACCACGUAACCGGUGUUGUGAAACUCUUCCACAGCGGAAACGGCGCAGGAUCGUUUGAUAAUAUCCUUGGUGGCGGCUGGGGUUCAUUUUCUAAAGAUCCGGCAGUUAGAAACAAAUUACAGUUUAUUGCUCCCGAACAGACCGGCCGGUUACCUGCAGAGCCAGAUAGCCGAGCAGACAUCUAUGCCCUUGGCAUUCUUUUUUGGAUGAUGCUCGUUGGUAAGCCCGCCUUUGGUGGCACUGAUCCAGUCGACAUCGUCCAGAGUGUCCUGGGCAACAGGCUGCCAACGGUUACUUCGCAACGGAUGGACGUUCCUGACGCCAUAUCGGACGUGAUUCUGAAAAUGACACGCAAAUCUGCCGCUGAACGGUAUCAUACGGGUUCAUCGGUAAAACGGGACCUCUCACAGAUUCGUCAAUUGCUCGAAAGUGGUAACAUUGAUGAUUUAAAAACCUUGCAGAUAGCACAGCAUAAUCCCUCAUCCUUCUUCACCUUACCUUCGCAUAUGUUCGGUCGGAGUUCAGAAUUUAAUACAAUUAUCGACGUCGUCAAGAAAGUAAGUUCCUAUCAAGAGCUUAUGUUGGCAAAGGCGACUGUCCAGAAUUCAAGUGGGUUGUACACACUUGACUCGAAUUCCUCCAUAAGCGGAAGCUAUCUUGAGAACGUGGAAGUCGAUUCCGUUUCCUCCAGCUCUGGCUCUACUACGCUGAAGACUAAAUCGGGAAGCCGUUCCAAUCAAGCCAAGCUCACUGUUUCUCAAGACUCUCAUUCUACCAAGGAAAUUCCGGACAACCACAUACCUAGAAACUCCAACAUGCAUGGUCAUGUAGAUCCGUUGAAUUCUCUACGCAAAAAUUGGGUUGCACAAAGCUUUCGUCGCAAUGGCAGGUGUGAAGUUAUUACAAUAACAGGUGAAAUGGGAAUAGGUAAAACCGAUCUGCUGAACCGUAUACAACCAGCCGUUCGAGAAGUGGGAUACGUUUCUAUGGCUCGCCUUGAUCCAGCUCAAAAAAUACCUUUCGAGCCCUUUAGAGGCAUCCUUGCCAGUCUCCUCAGUCAGAUCUUUUCUGAAGAUGAUGUAACAACUGAAUAUCACAGUUGCGUUCGUGCAUCUUUGCAACCAAUAUGGCCAACGUUUCGUAAGGUUCUUGAACUACCUGAACAUCUUCUUUCACUAGGUAGGCAAACUGUUCGACCGGAAUCUCUGAACGUCUCGGCGACUCCACAAAUUUCAUCGACCAACGGAGAGCUACACAGAAGUGAACUUCAUUCAGAUUCAGGUUCAGACAAUAACCCAAGCCAAAGCGAUUUCUUCCUUUCCAAUGCCGCCUCCAAGAACUUGCGAUUGACGGAGACGUUUCUUCGGAUCCUCCGAAUUUUAUCCCAGUACAAAAUGAUCUGCAUAUGCAUAGACGAUAUUCAUUUUGCGGAUGAUGAGUCCCUUGAAGUAAUCCUCAACAUCGUGAAGGCGAGACAUUCUUGUGUAUUGAUACUCUCUGGCCGCCCGUCCGAGCUCAGAUCUGAAGGUAUUAAGUCACUUUUUGAGAUAGGGACUCCCAGAGUUACCAGGAUUGUCCUGAAUCCCUUGGAAGAGGAUGAAAUCAUGGGUUAUGUGGCAACCACAAUGCAUCAAGACCCGAAUUCGAGUGUGAAACCCCUCGUAGCUGUCAUUCAGGAGAAAAGUCGAGGGAAUCCAUACUACAUGCGGAUCAUAUUAAGUACAUGCUAUAAGAAGAACUAUAUCUGGUUCUCCGGAAAGAAUAACCGAUGGGAAUUUGACUUGAAUCAGAUAUUUACCGAAUUUUUAACCUCUUCAGCUGGAGAAGAACUCGGCUCCUCCUUCCUUCAAAGAAGUUUAGAAAAACUUCCUGCUCCAGCGCGUGCGAUUUUAGUCUGGGGCUCUCUUUUGGGUACUACUUUUUCGUUUUCUUUGUUGCAGAAAGUCUUGACCAGUCCAUUACUAUCCCUCGAUGCGGAAAGUAAUGGCCAAGGUAAUGGGAACUCCUCUUGUAUAGAUCUUGUCAGGCGGUCGGAGGCAGAUUUAGUGGAUGGGUUACAAUUUCUCCUUCAGGAACAUAUUAUCGUUCCCUGGGAGACAGAUGAUAAAUUUCGAUUUGUCCAUGAUAGACUGGUACAAGUUGCACCCACUCUCAAGGAAAGUGAUACGGUGGAGAGAAUGCACUUCAUUAUUACCGAGGCCAUGAUAAAAUCGGCACCUGAUUCCGAAAGUCGUUAUGCAUUGGGACAUCAUAUCGCCCUUGCGUCACGUCUGAUAGAGGAAUCCGUUGCUAGUAGAAUUGAGUAUAGAAGGGUUCUAUGGGACGCCGCGCAACUUGCUGCUCAUACUGGUGCUGGGUCAACUGCUUUAUGGCUCUUCCGUCAUUGUCUCAACCUUCUUCAGGCCAAUCCUUGGGAUGCCAACGCCCCGGACGUGGAUUUGAAUGAGACUUUAUCAUUACAUGUAGCUGCUGCGGAAGCUUUCUGGUCUCAGGGUCGCGUCGAGCAGUCCAAGAAAUUGCUCAAUCAGGUGUUUUUGAAUUCCACGAGCCCGAUACACAGGUCCCGGGCAUGGGUGGUAAAAGCAAAAAUACACUCACAAAAUGGGAACCACCGCCAAGCGAUGGAAUCGUUACUUACGUGCCUGGAUGAGCUUGGUGUCCAUUUGCGGGAGCCUACAACCUUCGAGCAAUGUGAUGUUGAAUACGAGAAGUUGAAAGCUUGCAUUGACGUGAACUUUUACCCAACAGUCGUCCAAGAGGACGUCAACAUGAGCACAAUUGGAACUGUGAUGGCUGAUGCAAUGGUAGUAACUUAUUGGGACGAUGCGUUGGCCUUCUAUCGAAUGGCAAUUGAGAUGGUUAAACUACACGUCGAUCGUGGUGGUUUUAUCCACGUCAUCAUCGGCUGUGCUCAUUUGGCAAUGGUUGCUUUUAGUCGAUUCCGGGACUUCGAUACAGCAGUGAGACUCAGCGAUUUGGCACAAAGCCUCGCCGAUAGUUGCACAGACACAUGGCUCAAACAUAGGGCUGCCAUGAUACACAACCUGUUCGUGAGUCACUUAAGAGUCUCGAUGGAAUCAUCUCUGCCUGUCCUUGAAACUUUAAUUGAAUCAUCACUGUUGUCUGGCGAUCCUUAUGUCACAUUAAUGAGCUUGUCGUCGAUGGCAAUGACUCGACUGUAUUUGGGACACGACAUGGCGCAGUUAGAGAUGUUUUGCGAUGAAAGUCCUAUGGAUAUCCCAGAGUGGCCCAGUGACACUCGCGCGGGUGCCACCAUAAUUGGCGUGCGGCAAGUUACGCGGAGCUUGCAAGGAAAAACUGCGUGGCAGAGUGCUGAGGAUGUCAUGUCAGAUGAUAAUCAUGAAUCAUAUGAGUUUAUAGCGUUCUUAGAAAGCCACGCGAGUAACCCUGAUCGCCCUCGCAAUAUUUAUCAUGGACUAUCGAUGAUCCCUCUCUAUGUGUUCGGACAUCAUCUGAAGGCCAUUGAGGUAGGCAAGUCCUUACUGGACACUGUUCCCAGCUUAUGGUCAAUUCGAGUGAGAUAUGCCGCAAUAUUUUACUUGGCACUCUCUUUGCUCACGGUCAGACUUCAAAAUACCAUGGAAGAUGCCCAAGAGGAUCUGCAGACUGUGCUCGAACUCAAGGACGAGAUCGACUUUGCACAAAGAGCGUGUAACGCAAAUUACGGCAUGUGGUCAUUAUUACUAGACGCAUUGAUCUACGAAGUCCGUAGUGAUACCACUUCUGCUCUUCAGGCGUAUGAAGCAGCUCUCGAUCACUGUCAUAUUCACGGAUGGCCCCUUGAGGAAGCUCUUACUCUCGAGCUGCAAGGCGAAUUCUUUAUUCGACGUGGUAUCAAAAGGGUGGCGUGUUCAGUGAUACAGGAAGCUAUUACCGCAUGGUCUGCAAUUAGUGCCACUGGGAAGGCGGCACAAGUUGCUGAAAAACAUGAGUGGCUGCUCAAAACCAUUAAAUCCUUGAAAAAUGUCGACGUUGGGUGCCAAACGCUAGAAGAGGAACUUGCAGUUAAUCCUACGGCCACACAAGACAUAGCGGAAUCGCAUAAUAUCAUUGAGCACGAUAAGCAGCAACUCUGGAUUGCGAAGAAGAGAAAAGCUCAAAGCGAUCGACUUCUGGAUAUUUCAAGUGUUGGCCUAGAUAUCAUUGAUUUGUCCAUAAUCCUGGAAUCAAGCCAGGUCAUGUCCUCUGAACUACGAAUACACAAACUCCUCACAAGGAUGGUUGAGAUCUUACUGGAAGCAUGCAACGGCGCUAAUCUAGCGAUCAUAGCGAAAGAUUUUGAGGGCAUUGGAUUCGCAGUUGCUGCAGUAGGGGACCUCGAACACGGGAACAGCUCAUAUGUUGAUGGUUUACCAUUCUCUGAGAUGAAGGACAAUAUUGCCCAGCAUGUCUCGCACUACGUCAUACGAACAAACGAGGUCGUCCUCAUUCAAAACAUCCUAGAAGACGACCGCUUCCCUAAUGUCACUGACACUUACAAGACGAAAUAUCCUCUGGGCAGAUCUGUGAUUGCAUUACCCAUAUUACACAUGGAUAAUCUUAUAGGCGUCAUUCAGAUCGAAGGCAGCCCGUCCUCUUUCACUCAGAGAAAUGUUGUUGUCUUAGAGUUGCUUUGCAGCCAGAUCGGCAUUUCCCUUGCAAACGCCAUGCUUUUCCACGAAGUCAAUAAAAUAUCCGCUUCUAACGUAACGAUGAUUGAAGUGCAAAAGCGUGCGCUUGUUCAAGCUCGUCAAGCUGAAGAAAUGGCCAGGAUUGCUGAAGCGGAAGCCAUCCAUAAUAUCAAGUUGAAAGAAGAAGCAGCAAACGCAAAGUCCACUUUCCUCGCCAACAUAUCUCAUGAUCUACGCACCCCAAUGAAUGGAAUUAUAGGUCUUUCUGAGCUAUUGAGAGAAACGAAUUUAAGUAAGGACCAAGGCGAAUAUAUGGAGUCAAUUCGGAUUUGCGCAGACACUCUUCUAGCAUUGAUCAACGACAUAUUGGAUUUCUCGAAACUUGAAGUGGGGAAAAUGAAACUGUCAAUAGUAUCUAUGAAUUUGAAAGAUACUAUAUCUGAGGUAGUGCAGGCACUAUUCCAUGCUAAUCGGGACAACAAGUUGGAAACAGUUGAGAAUCUGGACCAAAUUCCUCCAGAUCUGGUGGUUCUCGGCGAUCCUGUUCGACUACAUCAAAUCAUUAUGAAUCUUCUCAGCAAUAGCUACAAGUUCACACCCAAUGGAUCCGUCAGCAUCAGUGGCAAAGUAACCCGAGCAGGAAAACGACGAAUUCGUCUGGAAUGCUCAGUAUCUGAUACCGGGAUUGGAAUUUCCGAUGAACAAAAGUCACGAUUGUUCAAACCUUUUUCUCAAGCCGACAGCUCUACGGCAAGGUCGUACGGAGGAAGUGGUCUUGGCCUGAGUAUUUGUAAGGCGAUUAUCGAAGACGUCCUCGGUGGAACAAUCUCGCUUGAAUCCACUUUAGGAGUGGGCACAACUGUUACCUUCCACAUACCCUUUCACAAGGCUCCCAGAUUCACCAGGGAAAGAGAUCAAUUGCCGCUGCUGAUCACCACAACUGAGGCCGCAAGCGAGCGAGAGAUUCAGGAAUUACCACAAUCAAUGAUCCGCGACCUCAAAGUGAUCCCCCGCGGUCAAAUUCGGGUUUGCAUUGCUGAAGAUAAUCUCAUAAACCAAAAGAUUGCUGUCAAGCUCGUUACUAGCCUAGGGCUACAGUGUGAAGCUUACAGUGACGGUCGACAGGCUGUUGAUGCUGUGCGAAUGCAUUCCAAUGAGGGCAAACCCUUCCACAUGGUGCUAAUGGAUGUGCAAAUGCCCGUUAUGGACGGAUACGAUGCCACUCGUGAACUACGCAAUGACCCAGAUCCCGACGUGAAGGAGGUCUUGGUAAUCGCCUUAACUGCAAGUACAAUCGAGGGCGACCGAGAGAAGUGCUUUCAUGUUGGAAUGAACAACUAUCUUUCCAAACCAGUCAAACUAGCUACGCUGAGAGGAAUGUUGGGCAAUUAUGUCUCGGUGAUGUCUUGACACGGUCCGGUUUGAUUUGGGUGGGAACAGUCCAAGGAAAUCCGAGCAAGAGGAGCAUGGGGAGAUGUCAAGACUCCGGAAACAAAUGACCAUUAUGUACGAUACCAACGAAACGUUACGUCGCGAAAUAACCCAAGCAACCAGGGGACAAGAUGUGGUGGUGGUGAUGGUGAUUGACAUAUAUUGCUCAACUCCGAUAAAAUUUCAAUGCUGUGUGUGGUAUGAAGGCUGGACCUGUUCUGGAGUUUGUUAGAAUUAAUUGUGUGAUAACAUCUGGAAUGUUUUUAUAAUGAUCUUUCCUUGUUGUGAAUAUAUGUGUUUUUUCCGUCAGAAGUAUUGCAGUUUUGUAAUUGCAAAUACAUGUAUAGCCUAACAUACAGGAUGGCUUAAUAGGGAAUUAUUUGAUGUGAAUUUAGUUCAGACUGGCUGCUG